GAUGAGUAUCGUCCAGGAGAACACGUUCCGCUGGUGGAUCCCUUGAAAAGCAGCUCGAGCGUCGUCCAGGCUUCCACACCUUCCAUACAUUUGCACCAAGAGAUUUCCCAGGGAGUGAAGCUGAGAAGCCCAAACAGUGAAUCACACUCUAUCAAUCUCAAGGAUGAAGUUCGUCGUUGCUCUGUUCGCCGCUCUGCAUUUCCUAUCUACAGCUCGGGGCCAGAGCUUGCACCAUGAGGAGCUCGUUUCUGCGAGAGAUCCGUCGACGACCACUCUCAGUCGCUACUGUUCGAGCUUCCAGUUCAAUGCCGAGGUGAACAACUUUGUUAAUGGCUGGCUUGUCCCUGGGGAGUGCGUGAGUCGCAUCAAGAGAUACAUUGAGAAGGGACAGUAUGCUGCUGACGUUGAGGCCGUGAUCAACCAAGCUCGAAUUUAUGUCAAGAAUCUCACGGUCACCAACGAGGCUAAGAAGGCUUGGGUGCUAGACAUCGACGAGACUUCCCUGUCGAAUGUUCCUUACUAUCGGACUCACAGCUAUGGUGCUACGAAAUUCAAUGCCACGGAAUUUAACGCUUGGGUGGAUCAAGCUAGCGCUGCAGCGCUCGCUCCGACACUGUCUCUCGUCAAGGAGCUCGUGAGCUUGCGCUGGAAUGUCAUCUUUAUCACUGGAAGGCCCGAGUCUCAGCGUCAAGUCACGGUCAAGAACUUAAAGGCCGCGGGAUACAAAGGCUGGACAAAACUCCUCCUCAAGAGUGCUGCUCAAACCAAUGCUCGGAUGACCGCAAUGGCUUACAAGAGCAGCUUGAGGGAGGGACUUGUGAAAGAUGGGUAUGAGAUUUGGGGGAACAUUGGUGACCAGUGGAGUGACAUUUCUGGAUCUGCUGCUGGUAGCAAAGUUUUCAAGCUUCCCAAUCCUCUUUACUUCAUCCCGUGACCAAUAGCAGUAGCAGUGGCGGAGACAUCCGUUGACAUCAAAUUAAAAACUUUAGAUCUUGUCUUGAUUUAUACGGUGCUGAUGUGUUUAAUACGGUUGACAUUAUGAAGAAACGUUUAUAUUUAGUUAAGAAAAGCUGAUGAAUUGAAGCU